UUACCCGCAAAUCACCUCUUCACUUGAAAACAAUUUCUCUUUCAUUACAAAAGAUAUAGAUAUCUCUCUCUUAUACAAACACAUUUCCAUUUUCAAUGGAUCCUUCAAGAGUUUCAUUACUAUUGUUGCUUACAUACUUUAGCUCUUUGAUAUUGGCUGCAUUGGGUGGUAACUUCUACCAAGAUUUUGACAUUACUUGGGGAGAUGGCCGCGCUAAGAUACUCAACAAUGGCCAGCUUCUUACACUUAACCUAGACAAAGCCUCCGGUUCUGGAUUUCAAUCCAGGAAUGAGUAUUUGUUCGGAAAGAUUGACAUGCAACUCAAGCUUGUUCCUGGCAAUUCUGCGGGCACGGUCACUGCCUAUUAUCUAUCCUCAAAAGGUUCUACUUGGGAUGAGAUAGAUUUUGAGUUCUUGGGAAAUUUGAGUGGAGAUCCUUACAUUCUUCACACCAAUGUGUUUAGCCAAGGCAAAGGAAACAGAGAGCAACAAUUCAAUUUGUAUUAUGAUUUCCACACCUAUUCCAUUCUUUGGAAUUCCCAACGCAUUAUCUUCUCCGUUGAUGGCACCCCGAUUAGAGAAUUCAAGAACUUGGAAUCCGCAGGAGUUCCAUUUCCAAAGAGUCAACCAAUGAGAAUCUACUCAAGUCUGUGGAAUGCAGAUGAUUGGGCUACAAGAGGUGGUCUUGUGAAGACAGAUUGGAGUCAAGCUCCCUUCACUGCUUCUUACAGGAACUUCAAUGCCAAUGCUUGUGUAUGGUCUAAUGGAGCAUCUUCUUGUGGUACAAAUGCUGCAUCUAACACAACUUCUUGGCUUUCAGAAGAGCUUGAUUCAACAAGUCAAGAGAGGCUCAAAUGGGUUCAAAAGAAUUACAUGAUCUAUAAUUAUUGCACUGAUAUUAAGAGAUUUCCACAAGGACUCCCUACAGAAUGUAAACUGUCCUGAUCCAAAACCCAAAUAUUGCAUAUAGGAGUGUGUUUGAUUCUUUGAUUCUUUUUGUUAUUUGUCAUAUUGUAAGUUGUGGAUUGAGUAUUGAAAUAUACUAAUAUGGGAGCAUUUUCCAGAUUCCGA